AUGUUUUUCCUUCUUUCGUUGCUACCAAUUGCUCUGGCUGUGGACUCUCAGUCCCUUGACGGAAAAUACUCGUGUGUGGGCACUUUUAUCUUUGGUCGCCACAAUGACAGAGUCGCCAAACCGGCUAACUACCUCACCACCCUGGGAGCCGUUGAACAGGUCGAGUCGGGUACCUUCUUCAGGGAGAGAUACUUCGGCUUGGACGAAGACGGCAACUCUGUGGAAUCGGACUUUGUGAUUAACGGACUGGACCCACAGGGCUACUUCGUCUAUGGAGACACUUAUGCCCAAUGUCCGGCCUCGACGGUCAUCGAGUACUCCCAGAUGUCUUUCUUGCAGGGUCUGUACCCUCCUUCCACUGCCGUCAACACGAACGAGACUCUGGCCGAUACCCAGGACUCCGAAUUGAGCAACGGCACCUCUGUUGAGGCCCCUCUAGGCGGAUAUCAGUACGUCUUUAUGGAUGUGCAGCAGGAAACGUCUGACGAUUAUUUCUGGAUCAAGGGAGACGAGAACUGUCCUUCUUCGGACGCUGCCAUUGACGCGUGGUACGACACUGACGCGUUCAAGGAGCUGAACUCGUCCACCUUUGAUUUCUACCAGUCGCUGGCUGACGUUCUUCCAUCGUCCCGUUUCCCUAAGUGGAAGCUCAAUUUUGGCAACGCCAUGAACAUCAACGAUUUUGUUUUUGUCGAAAGCAUCCACGACGAAGACUGGGCCUCCAAGUGGAACUCCACGCUUCGUUACCAAAUCGCCACUCUUGCAGACGCUGCUCAAUGGGGAAUUUCGUACGACGCUUCCAACAAACUCAAUAACUUCACUAUUGGUGGACAGUCGCUUCUGGGAGCAUCUCUCACUUAUUUGAAUGCCACCAAGGAGAAUGGCUCGCCUUACAUCAACUACUUCACGGGCUCCUUCAAUACGAUGUACCAGAUUUUCGGUCUUUUGGAGCUGAACCAGGUCUCUGAUAAUUUCACCGGUAUGCCUGGCUACGGAGCUACUCUGGUUUGGGACCUGUUGAAAGACACCUCCGACAACUACUUUGUGCAAUUCUCCUUCAAGAAUGGCACUGAAGAUGACGACGAGCUGGUGGCUUACCCGCUCUUCGGAUUAAACUCCACUUUGCUAUCCUGGGACGACUUUGUCGAAAAAACAGAAGCAGUUUCUAUUACCAGUCUCGAGGACUGGUGCGGAAAGUGCUCAAGCACGUCCUCGCAAUGCACCAGAUACUCUUCUACCUACGAACAGGCUUCCGAGGCAGAGGAAAAGGGUAUUGACUUGGAGAAGGUUGCUGACGGCUCCUACCACCUUAAUAAGCUGACCAACGCUGGAGCAGGAGGAAUCGGAGCUGGAGUCACCAUUGGUGUCUUCCUGAUCUUGGGAGCUCUGUUCUUUGCUUGGAAGAAACUGAGAAGUAAGAAGACUCCUUUGCUUCCUGUUGCCAAGACUGUGUCGAGAGAAACCAAGGCAGAGAACUCAUCAGCUUCCAAUGCCAGCACCUAG